AUGGGACCUGCAUUUUCAGACACAGAUCCAGAGUUCGCCGUCAAAAUCUGCCGCGCCGUCAAAGAUGUCUGGGAGCCAACUGUGGACGUUCCCAUCAUUUUGAAUCUCCCGGCAACAGUCGAGAUGUCAGGCCCCAAUACAUAUGCCGACCAAGUUGAGCUUUUUUGUCGUGGUUUUGCUAAUGAUGACACGGUCUGUGUCUCAUUACAUCCACAUAAUGACAGAGGAUGUGGCGUAGCAGCCGCUGAGCUAGGCCAACUUGCUGGAGCCACAAGAGUAGAAGGCUGCCUCUUUGGCAACGGUGAGCGAACAGGAAAUGUCGACUUGGUGACGUUAGCAUUGAAUCUCUACACUCAGGGUAUUGACCCCGGACUGGACUUCUCGGCACUGCCUGCAAUUCGUAAGACAGUAGAAGAAUUAACCCAUAUCCCCGUGCACACUCGUGCGCCAUACGCUGGAGAUUCCGUCUUCCUCGCUUACAGCGGUGGGCACCAAGACGCAAUCAAUAAGGGAUUCAAAAGAUGGAAUGCUUCUUCAACUCAACGCCGAGGCCUGUGGAGAGUUCCAUAUCUCCCCAUGGACCCUCGCGAUAUCGGCGCUUCCUACGAGGCUGUCAUUCGUGUCAACUCCCAGAGUGGCAAGGGCGGCAUUGCUUGGGUCCUUGAGCAGUCCAUUGGCCUUAAGAUCCCAAAAGAUCUCUUACAAGCCUUGUCCGUGGAAGUUAAAUCCGAGUCGGAAGCCCAUGGCCGAAGCCUCGAACCCAGAGAGAUUACUGAUCUAUUCCUACAAACACUGGGCAUCCUUGAUAAAGACCACCGUGUGCUGUCCAUACACAAGACUCGAAAUUCUGCCACGUCAUUGAAUACCUUGAAGGCAGUUGUCCUGGUUCGUGGUCUCCCUCGCGAACUUGUCGGCCAUGGUGCCACAUUCCUAGAAGCUGUUGAGUUUGAGCUAUCUGCUUCUGCAGGUUCUCAACUGGAAUUGGAAUGUACAUGGGCAAAUGACGUCCCUCACAACAGCAACCAGAAUAAGGUUGCCGUAGUGAAAUGUACCGGCGCAGGCCGAUGCACGUGGAGUGCAAAAGCCGGUGCUACUGACGCAGAGGCGCAGCUUCUGGCAUCACUAUCGGCUGCUCUAGAGUGGCAUGAGAAACUUCCUUUGCAUCACCAACGGCUCCGUCUUCUACCGAUUGUUCACCUGCCGGUUGUCCAAGCUGUGGCAUGA